CCCUUCAUCACCUCAGCCUUCUUCUCAAAUCCACGCCACCACGCCCGCCCACGCCCACGCCCACGCCCACGCCCAUUGGCUCCGCUGCUUCUUCCUUCUCUUCCCCUUGCUACAGGCCCUAGUACACCGACGCCUUCUCCUCUCACACGCGUCGACAUCUUCUUAAUCUCACUGCCAUCAGUUUCGAGGUUGCGUGAUCCGGCCGAGGCCAGCUUAAUUUCAGGCAUUUGCCUAAAAGUUGCUUAAUAUUUGGUAAUGGCAAAUGCUGAAGUAACUAACGUUCUAGAAAGUGCCGGUGAAGAUAUGCCUUUGUUCUCGGAUAUUUCUGGUUAUAAUCCGGUUGAGGAGAUUUCACCUGAUUUGUUGAAAAAUACUCCAUCAAACAUUGCCAAAUUGGAGGAUGCAAUUGAACAGUGCAAGGGCCACCAGAAGUAUCUUGCACUCACGAAGAGCCCUUCUGAUGGGGAUGAUGUCCGUUGGUACUUCUGCAAAGUGCCUCUUGCAGAAAAGGAGCUUGCGGCUUCAAUUCCUAGAACAGAAAUUGUUGGCAAAAGUGAUUAUUUCCGAUUCAGUAUGAGAGAUUCUCUUGCACUAGAGGCUUCUUUCUUGCAGAGAGAGGAAGAACUACUUGCACAUUGGUGGAAGGAAUAUGCAGAAUGUAGUGAGGGUCCAAGUGGACUUCAGGCGAUUGGUAGCUCAACUUCUUGCUAUCAAUAUGAUGAACUGUAUGCUUUAGAGGAAGAGAGAGUAGGUGUCCCGGUAAAAGGUGGUCUUUAUGAGGUGGAUUUGACUAGGCGACACUGUUUCCCAGUGUAUUGGAGUGGUGAGAACAGGCGUGUUUUAAGAGGCCAUUGGUUUGCCCGUAAAGGUGGACUUGAUUGGCUUCCACUACGUGAAGAUGUUGCAGAACAGCUAGAGUUGGCCUAUAAUUGUCAAGUAUGGCAUCGCCGUACAUUCCAACCUUCAGGUCAGUUUGCUGCUCGUAUUGAUUUACAGGGCACAUCCCCGGGACUGCAUGCACUUUUUACAGGAGAAGAUGAUACUUGGGAAGCGUGGUUGGCGUUUGACAGUACAAGUUUCUCUUUUGGAGGUGGAGUUGUGGUUAAACUAAGACGAGGUUUCUCAACUUCUGGAUCAGUGAAGCCAACUCAGGAUGAGCUUCGCCAGCAGAAAGAGGAGGAAAUGGAUGACUACUGUUCUCAGGUGCCAGUUGGUCACUUAGUUUUCAUGGUUCAUGGUAUCGGACAAAGAUUAGAGAGAGCCAAUUUGGUCGAUGAUGUUGGUGAUUUUCGUCGUAUAACAGCAAGUCUAGCUGAGAUGCACUUAACUCCAUACCAGAAAAGCACUCAGAGGAUUUUAUUUAUUCCUUGCCAGUGGAGAAAGGGUUUGAAGCUCAGUGGUGAAAGUGCAGUUGAAAAUAUAACCUUGGAUGGUGUUCGAGGUCUUCGUAUGACAUUGAGUGCUACAGUACAUGAUGUUCUUUAUUACAUGAGCCCUAUAUAUUGUCAGGAUAUUAUUGAUUCGGUGUCUAAUCAGUUAAAUCGAUUAUAUUCAAAAUUUCUUAAGCGAAAUCCUGGUUAUGACGGUAAGGUUUCUUUGUAUGGUCACUCAUUAGGAAGUGUACUUUCUUAUGAUAUCCUUUGCCAUCAAGAGGAUUCUUCUGCACCAUGCUGUAUGGACACUGUACUUGUGAAAGAGUCUAAGGUUGAUGUUUCUUGUCAAACCACUGAAUCUAAUGUUUCCAUGAAAUAUGAGAAUAGCAGCACUAAAACAAGAUCAGCCGCAGAUCCAUUACCCUAUGAAACUUUAGAAGACAGUUUCAUUUCAUAUCCAUAUAGCACUAUUAAUCAUGGUACUCAAGAUCUUUCUAUCAGUGAAGAUCACAUUCAUGCUAAAGACAUGCAGGAGGUGUUUUCAGACAAUGAUGAUAUUAUGGACCCUGAAGAGGACUUUGAUGAUCUUGAUCACCUAUAUUUCAAGGGUGGGGAAAGUUCUACUGGGGUUCUGAGAACUAGUGUGGAUUCAGAUGCUGCUGCAGUCAGAGAUGCUAGGUUUCAAACUGAAGACAAGGUUGAUAUGGACAGCAAAAUCUUUCACCUGGAGGAAGAGGUGAAAUCCCUUAGAACAAAAAUUGCAGAACUAGAAAAACUCUGUCACUCGACAACUAACUGUAGGACAAACACAAGGAGUUCUGCAAGCAAUGAAAUUUAUCAUGGGAGAGGAAAAUUAGUCAAAACUAUCAAUCAGUCUUUUAGAACAUCCUCUGAAGAGGACAAUGCUAAAAGGAGUUACACACCUCACAUCAAAUAUACCAAGCUUAUCUUUAAGGUUGAUACAUUCUUUGCUGUCGGAUCACCACUUGGUGUCUUUCUAGCCUUACGAAAUGUCCGCAUAGGAGUAGGCAGGGGGCAAGAUUAUUGGCAGAAUGAGAAGAUAACUGAAGAAAUGCCUGCCUGCAGACAAAUGCUGAACAUUUUUCAUCCUUUUGAUCCUGUAGCAUACAGAGUAGAACCAUUGAUCUGCAAGGAGUGCAUUUGCCGGCGUCCUGUUAUUAUUCCUUACCAUAGGGGUGGGAAGCGGUUGCAUACUGGAUUUCAGGAAUUUGCAGAGGAAGUAGCUAUGCAUUCUCAAAUUGUGAAGAAUCAGAUAAAUUCUCUGAGGGUUAACAUAGUUAGCAUGUUUCAAUCCCAGAACAAGGAUAAGAAUAAAGAUACCUUAGAUGCCUGCAAAGAAAAUGAGAGAUCAUAUGGUUCCAUCAUGAUGGAAAAGCUAACUGAUACUGAAGAUGGCCGAGUUGAUCAUGCUCUCCAAGAUAAAACAUUUCGUCAUCCAUACCUAUCAGUCAUGAAGUCACAUACUAACUAUUGGCGUGAUAAGGACACUGCCCUUUUUAUUUUAAAUCAUUUAUAUCGUGAUAUUCUUGAAGAACCUCCUCUAAGUGGUGAUGAGACAACUAAUCCAAGUGCCCCGGGAAGUCUCAGAGAACCAAUAACAUUGUUCUACGAGCGAGAUAUCAUUGCUGAGGAGACCCCAUUGACAUUUUCUGACAGUUAUUCAAUCAAGGAAUUCUCAAGGAAAGCGAAGAAGAUUUUGACUUCCAGAUAGUAUCUUUGGCCUUUUUCAGUCAAUGAACGAAAGUAAAUACCAAAAUAUAACUGCCGAUGGAUAUUCUUUAGCACGGGGGAUGCUGAACCAACACCAUGGCCUCCUGUAUAAAUAUGUACCGACUGAAUUAUCAUCCUCUUGUAGUAAUGCAACUUCAAGCACUUAAUUUACAGCAACUCUAGCAUGCCUUAGAGGCCAAUUAAAAAAAAAACAAAAAAGAAGCAAAAGUAGCAACAAAGCUACAACACUUUGGGUUUUCUCAUGGUGCCAUGCUACGUCUGCAGUUGAUAGGGAUUGUGUGUUCCUCUCACAUAUCAUAUGCUUAUUUGGGCUUACCUUUCCUCAUCAUCGCCUUCGUGAGGCAUGUGUUGGCCAUCGACUGCUCUCUGCCUCACAUUCAUGAACCCAGCAGAUGCCUCCAUAGAGAUCAAGUGCAUAGUGUCAAAUGUGUUGACACAAGACUCUGUUUUGCAACAAUGUACAACCAGUUGGGCUGGUGAAUGAAAACGAUAUUUGAAGAGCUACUUAAAAGAGAUAUAUUUUUGGAUUUGACAGAGGAAUAUAGGUAAGGAAAAAUUUACCCGUUUAUUUUUUUUCCAAUAAAUGGCUUGGGGUCUUCUUGAACAUACUUGAGAUUCUCCAAAUCAAAGUAAAUGGCAUCUAGUCUCGUAUUUAGCUUUUAUGGUAGAGAGUGCAAUAGUAGACUACUUUUUUGAACACAAUACUAUUGUUCAACUUUUGAGAUCAAAAUCAUAACCUAAAAUGCUUUUGCCAUCA